AUGCUGGCAACUCGAGUGCGACGGCCUCCGGCCCAAGUAACACGUCUACUUCGCAAACCGAACCUCGGGACAGUUCAGCCUAUGAAUGCGCCAUGGCGGCGAUUAGCAAGCGGUAAUUCGCAGAAGCCGAGCUCUUCAUCCAACUGGGUGGUUAGCUCACUUGGAGUCGCUGUUGCGGGUACCGCGGCAUACCUGGGCUAUUCGUACGCCAACGGUGAAUGGGAGGGAGCUUGGAUCGACAGCGAUCCCAGAUUCAAGAAAGAAGUCAUUGAUGUCAACGACUUGCGCGCUCAGUUCAUCCAACAGAAAAGAAGCCUACAGAGCCCUGGUGUUUAUACAUGGGGCUCAAAUGAAUACAAAGUGGUGGAUCCAGAAUCAAAAGACAAAGAUAUCAAGACACCUCGGCGCUUCAAAUUUUUCGAUGGCCAGGUGCUGCGCGACUUCAAGGUUGACGAGAAGUCUGGCGCUGCAAUUAUGGAGAAUGGUGAUCUGAUACAAUGGGGUAAGGGGUACUCGGAGACCGACUUCAAGCCACAGAAGACUUUGACCGGCAAGAACCUAACAUCCUUGGCUUUCUCUGAGAGCCGGAUAAUUGCGCUGGCUUCGGACGGAAAUGUUUACUCGUUGCCUAUCUCCCAGCAUGACCAGGUAACUGGUCCCAAGGCGCGAGAGGGCUCCUGGGUGCCUUACUGGCCCGGGAAGUCCUCCCUGAGCUACCGCAUUUUGAACCCCGCGUUAAAGCUCGGUGAAAGAGUCACAGCUAUCCGAGGUGGUCAGCAACACGUCAUUCUGCUCACCAGCUCCGGGCGUGUCUUUACAGCAGCGUCGUCUACUGAGAAUUACCCAUCCUCGGCCAGCUUGGUGUCUCUGGUCUGA